UGUUACAAUUUUGCUAUUUAUAAAGCUAUGGUCUAUUUAAAUGGUAGUUUGAUAAGAGAUAAGAUAUUGAAGAUAUAUAGUCUUUGUAGUUGUUUUCAUAUGAAGCCAUGAGGAGCCAUGAGCCACGUUCCACUUCCUCUUGUGCAGCUUGCAAGCUCUUGAAAAGGAGGUGCAGUCCCACCUGCAUUUUCGCACCCUAUUUCCGGUCUGACGAGCCGAAGAAAUUCGCAAAGGUCCAUAAAGUUUUCGGAGCUAGCAACGUGAGCAAGAUCUUGAUCGAGGUUCCCGAAGAACAGCGUGAGGACACCGUGAACUCCUUGGUUUACGAAGCUGAGGCAAGGCUCCGUGACCCCGUCUACGGUUGCAUAGGUGCCAUAGCCUUGUUGCAAAGGAAGAUGAUCGAGCUUCAACACGAUUUGGCCCUCGCGAGAGCUCGUUUGGCUCGAUAUGCUGCGAACUACUCGACCGGUGUUGCUGGUACAGAACUUGACCGGCUUACCGUGACGGGUUUAGGUGAGUUCCUAGUUGCUUGUGGUGGAUUCAUGGAUAGUUUUAACCAAAGUUCAUCAUAUCAAGUGAACCAAGAUGCACAUAUGUAUGAUCUUACCCAAAUUCCAUAUGUAUAUCAUGAUCAACUUUGAAUUGCACGAGAAAUAAAAAAAAAAUUGUUGGUUUUGGUUUGGAUCAA